AUUAUCCUCCUAACAUUCAAAAUUAUUUCAGGUAACUGUCGUAUAUUAGCCUUUCCAUCCUCGUUAUUCUUCGAGGGGGAACGUCUUGUUAACCACAUCAUAGCAACCAUCAGUGUCAUUGACAGGGACACGUGCGAGUUUCGUUGUUACCUGGAACACAACUGUGUCAGUAUCAACUUUAAUGUUCAACCAAAAGAACCUAACACAGAAAACUGUGAACUGAAUAACUCAACCAGUCAAGAACAUGAGAAGGACCUGAUCAAGGCAGCAAACUAUGUUUAUCAUGGAACAAAUGUAAGAACAUUUUACGAAGAAUUAACGAGAAACAUGUUCACAUUAAGGAUAAAAUCGAUUUAAGGAUAACACAGAAAAAAACAGACCCAUAGACAAAUUAAGUGACAAAACAAUUUUGCUGAUGAUUAGUACUUUGAUCUACUCUCUUUAGAAUGCCUGUGGAGAUUCACCUUGCGAGAACAAUGCAACCUGUCAAUCAGGUUUUACCAGUCAACGAUAUCGCUGCUUAUGCUCUCCCGGAUUCACUGGCCACGAUUGUGAGCAAGGUAGGAAAUUAUUACUCCUGUUUUUCUUUUGAGGAAGCAGUUAAAUUUGUUUGAUCAGAUUAAACUAAUUUUGUUCUUUAGAUGAGUACAGUCACCGCAAUUGAAACUCUGAUGGAGCCGAAGGGAAAAAUAAUCGGUUGAGGUCGUGGACGAGAAGGGAGUGGGUACGGGAAUGGGGAAAUGGAAAUGUCAUAUAAGCAUCAAGAUUUGUCAAAUUUUCAAACAAGGUUAAUGGCAAAUUCAUUACAGGGAUUUUCUUUGGCCAGGUGAAAUUUCAUCACUUUCCACUGGUAAAUCACAAGUCUACUUUUAAAUUCCUCUUUAUUCGAUAGCUUUCAUCGCAUAAUUAACGGCUAAAAGAGGAGCAGAAAUGUUAUGGCGUUUCAGGACUUGGGUUGUUCAUUUUUUUAGACGUACAUAAGUGUAACAGCAAUCCAUGUCAGAACCAAGGAUCCUGUAUUGACGGUAAAUGCCAAUGUCAACCCGGAUUUUCCGGAGAACUUUGCGAAAUAGGUCAGUAACAUCUUAUUACCAUCAGAUGUAUUUUUUCUCUGAAAUCGUAUUUCAAACCGCCUCUAUGAAGACAAAGACAAUUAUGUGGUAUUUUUUGCCAGAAGUAUGAGGUCUGUAAAUGGCGUUCAAUACUUAAGUAGAUGUCAACCAAUUAUCCUCACAUUUUCAAACGAACUCGCAAUUCAUUGUUGGGAUUUUAUGCGGCUAGGUGAAAUUUCAUCUCUUUCCACUGGUAAAUCGCAAAACUACUGCAUUUCCCUUUUUUCCAUAGCUUUCAUCGAAUAAUUGACUGCUACAAGAGUAGCAGAAAUGUAAUGGUCUUUAAGGACUUGGGUUGUUUAUUUUUCUUUAGAGGUAGGUAAGUGUAACAGCAAUCCAUGUCAGAACCAAGGAUCCUGUAAGGACGGUAAAUGCCAAUGUCAGCCUGGAUUUUCCGGAGAACUUUGCGAAAUAGGUUAGUGACAUCUUAUUAUCAUCAGAUGUAUUUUUACUCUGAAAUCGUAUCUUAAAACGCCUCUAUGAAGACAAAGAUAAUUAUUUGGUUAUUUUUUCCAGAAGUAUGAGGUAUAUAAAUGGCGUUCAAUGUAUAAGUAGAUGUCAAUCAAUUAUCCUUAUUUUUACUGGUCUCCGUUCAAUAUACUACAGACGAUUUCCUUUUAAUAAAGACUACAUUGAAAGCUAUGAUUACUUUACAAACGUUUGCAAAACUGAAAGCAAACAAAAAUAACUAAACGAAAUGAAAACGCAUAACAAGCAAUAAUAUCAAAAUUAACUUUAUGACAGUGUGUUUGGCAUUGAUGGUGAUGAUACUUAAGUCACCCUCGUACUUAACAAUAAAAUAAAUAAAUAGAGAAAAACACGACCAUUUCAAGUGCGUGUUGUAGCCUUCUGUUUGAACAUAGUUUCUGCUGGAAGCAAAAAAGGAAAAGAAAAACAGACUUAACAUAAUUCAGAAGAUUUUUGCAUUGAACAGAAAGAGAAGUUUAUACGCAUAUGCAGUGGUUCGAAGGCGAGAUACGACGAGUAAAGGUAUUAGAAUUGACCGGUGACCGGAUUUUCAUUUAAUGUAAGUCGAGUGCCUUAUACACAUUUGAGGCAAACUUUUGAUAAGAUAGCCUUUUUCAGCCCUUAACAGUGCUGCUUUUUGUUAGUUAUAGCCGAUCAGUGUGACAGCAAUCCAUGUCAGAAUAACAGCAUCUGUGUUGGUGGUAAAUGCGAAUGCCUUCCUGGAUACUCCGGAGAAAAUUGCAAAGAAGGCACGUUUGUUAUUAUAAAACGUAUCAAUGAGUGAGAAACUUGGAUUUGUUUAUCAUGGCUUGUAGGAUAUUACGUAAUGUAGAGUGGCUCAUUCUCAGAAAACAACCAUCGGAUACGUUUUGGUGAAUGAAUAGAUAAUCGAAAUUAUCAAGGGAUGUUUUUUUUUUGGCUAGUUAGAAAUGAAAAGGAGAAUAUCGGACGAAUUAUCGACAUUUAGCCCACUGUGGAAUGAGUGACAAGCAAAUUGUUUCGUAGUAAGGUGCACUCGAUAGUAUGUAGCUGGAAAGGUAUUUUUUUAUAUACCUCUCUAGAGUCAAAUAUUACCUUGACUAGAAUCCCAAACCUUAGAAUUUUGCGGUCUGUUAUCCCAGUACUGAGCCACAAGCUAGAUUUACGAGUUUCAGAGAGACAAGCACAGAUUAACACUGAUGGUAACCCAUUUACACCCUGUUCUCGUUUUAUUGAAGCGCUCGACCGCACUUUCUAUCGGUUUACCGGUGUAGCAACCCACGCAGGGUGUCGGGAGAACACAAGAAAAAAUUUGUAAAUUUGUAAGCGCGAUCUUCUAGAUUGCUAAAAUAAACGACAGGCUUUAGAGCAAUCAGGGCACCCGUAGUUUUACGAAUGAAGAAAGAAAUAAAUACAUAUAAUAUACGUAUAUAUAUACGCCCAAUUUCAAAAACGUUUCAAUUUGAAAACAUGUAUCAAAUAUACACACACACACACCUGCUCUUUUAUAUAUAUAUAUAUCCAUUUUUAUAAUAAAGUUCGGAUAUAACGCGCGUUGUCAUUGGCUGAAAGAGCGUGCUCUAUGAGAGUAUAGAGCAUAGCGCUGAGCUGAAGCUGUCACGCCAUCUGCCAAAUUGUACUAUGCUCGCCCUUUUCCGGGACUUCUUUUUAGCUUUUUUCCAAUAAUUGAAAGUGAAAUUUCGGAACAAGUGAGCCGGCAAGUAGCAACAGAGGAACCAAACAAACGUUUAUAAACAUACUAGGCGCCGUGAUUUACGUUAUUAAAACGUGAGCAGAUACGAAAAUCCUCAAAGGAAAAAUAAAAUAGACAUUCCGAGUUUUAAAGAUUUUCACGCUCAGUGAGAUUGCAAGCUUACGUUCGGUAAUAAAAAUCAAACACAGCUAACACUCGUAUAGUAUAUAAAGUUUAGUGGUCAAAAACAAAACAGAACAAAACAGAAAUGAUGAAAAUAUAACCAAACUGGCAUAACUGUUAAAAUUCAUACUAAUCAUGACGGUGUCUGAGCGAAUAUGAUCAUGCUACUACAUCGGCCGCACUUUGAGUGAAAAAAUAAGAGCUUGCUCUGAUAUCCUUUCCGAUGCAUUGAGUGGAAAGUCACAUCAGUCACUGCAGCCGAGUUUUGCGGCGCUGUCAUCCCGAGCGAUCUUCCUGUUCUGGUGAAUUCGGCUGUCGUUCAUUCAAAAAACACUCGCCUUGAACAGUUUGUUUUCUACCUUGUCAUGUGAAAAACCUCGCGUGUUUUUAUGAGCCAUAAUUCGGUUGAAUUUCACUGAACAUUUCACUUCAAGAUUCUGUAUUAGAGACUUAAAAACUUCAGGCAAAAGUGUUAAAUUCGACUUGCCGAACUAUUUUAGUUUGUAAACUAUCGCAGAAUGUGAACUUUGAUGGUUUUUGAACUUUAAUGGUUUGGCACUUUUGACAGCUUUAGUCUUGUACAGCCAAUCAGAUUAUUUGAACCAUUCUAGCAGGGAUUUGGAUCGGCUUAUUGUGGCGUGCUUUAUGAGAGUAUAGAGCAUGCUGACGACACUGUUGUUCGCUUUGGAAAAAAAGUUUGUUUUGAAAAUUGAAAGUAAUGCUUCGAGAAUUUAACGGAUUCUUUAUUAUAAAACAAAUAGAGAAGCCUUGACUGUGCUCUGUUCUGUUAUAAAGCACUUAGGAAGCGGCUAGAGCACUCAAGAAGUGGGGAGAAACACUCGACUACGUCUCGUGUUUCUCCCUACACUUCUUUCGUGCUCUAGCCGCUUCCUGCGUGCUUUAUAACAGAACAGAGCACAGGCUUCUCUAUUUGUUAAAUAUACAUCGUCCAGCUAAUGCUGCACCUGGGUUUAAACCACAGUUGAGGUUCAGUGCUUGUUGCUGUUAUUCAAACUGAUACCGGCGGCAAGACUAACGUCUGCACAUUUUUGUUUUAACAUUCCUCAGAUGUUGAUGAAUGUUCCAGCGAUGUACACUCUUGCCACAGUUCAGCCUCGUGUAUCAACACUAUUGGAUCCUACAAAUGUUCCUGUAACAGUCUUACGGCAGAAGAUGGAAAAACUUGCAACCUGGCAUCAGGUUAGUUCCUUUUGUCUGAUAGCCAGUCCGCCCACUGUUAUGACUGUUUUUAGAAACUAUUACCUCCUUGAAUGUACCUUUGAGAUUGAAAGAAUUUUGGAUAAAACUAUAUUGGCUAGAAUGAGCUUGGUUUCACUUGCCUUUGCUUGUCUCUGACACAGAGUGUCAAAACUAUAGGAAUCUGACCUACGGUAACAGGAAGAUAACAUCUGGUUAUGACUGGUACUGUGACUGGAGACUUUACGGUUGGUAUCGUUUUAGUGGGGCAGCAGGCACAAGAAUGGCUAUUUCAUGUCCGCCUUUUUGGAGUUGUGGCAGUAUUGGAACCGGGUGGAUGAAUGGAGGACAUCCCACAGUGGCUGACGGACAGGUCAGGAGGUCGGUCUGCUUUCGCUCGUAUUCAGACUGUUGUUUGUUAUCAAGGUCCAUCAAAGUGAGAAACUGCGGCGCCUAUUAUGUUUAUUACCUACGCGGCACACCCUUUUGCUACCUCCGUUACUGCAGCACUGACUAA